AUGAAGCUCGUCUUGCUCGCGUUAGUCCUGAGCAUCAGUUCCCCAUCGUGGGGCUAUUUCCCGUCGGAAAAUGGUGUCCUCCUGCUGGAUCCAUCGAACUUCAACGCAGCCGCACGACAGUUGCCAUAUUUGAUGGUGGAAUUCUACGCCCCUUGGUGCCAUUACUGCAAAACAUUCGCUUCCAAGUACGAAAACGUGGCCCAGCAACUCGCUACCGGAGGUUCCCCGGUGGCACUGGCCAAACUGGAUGCCAUACAGUAUGCUGAUUUUGCUGCCAAACACGAUGUUGAAGAAUAUCCCACGUUGAAGUUCUAUCGCUAUGGAGUUCCAACCGUCUACGAAGAGGAGCUGGAGGUUGAUCCGCUGAUGCUAUGGCUGAUUAGAAAUUCUCAACAGCAGAGAACUGAGUGGCAGGAACCCGUUUUGGAGUUGAGCUCGGAGAGUUUCCAAUCCACAAUUCAGAUAAACCCUUUCGUUUUGGUCGAGUUUUACGCACCGGGGUGUUCCCACUGUCAAGCAUUUGCACCAAUCUAUUUGAAGAUUGCCAAAGAAAUGGCCUGGAAAAAUCCCAGCGUCAAACUGGCGAAGGUUGAUGUCUCCAAGGAAAGGCAACUGGCUGCUGUACAUGGUAUUCGUAGGUUCCCGACAAUCAAAUUGUACCGCUACGGAGUGUCCCUGGCCUACAACGGACCUCGCGACGAGCAUUCCGUCGUCAACUGGUUGCUGUCGAAUGUUUAAAUUAUAGACUAGACCUUUUUGUGGUUCGCUUUCAAAUAAAUAUCAACAUAAAUGCAAACUACCACAUGUUUUGAAGCUUCCAAUAAAAUCCAUCAGCAAACAACGAUCCAUUUGAUAUCAUAGCACGAAACAACCGCGGCACCUGGAUGCUAUUCGUACAUCCACAAAUAUUGAUCACAUUUCAAGGUUGCAACACUGUUUUGGAUCCUAGCCGCAAACAUUUGCUGGAACCAGUCGAUACUUUUGCCAUCCCCGUUCAAACAUGUAUACAUAUCCUAAAUAAACACACACACACUCGGCACUCACAAUGUAGUCGGAAACCCAAAAUAAAUGUGACGGUUUCGAAUUGCGCACCAUCUCUUGGGAAAAUUCCCCUUAGCUAC